GGCGCUGCUGCUAGUUACGGCUCCUUGCUGGAGCCGCUUGGACUCGCUCAGGGUCCCCGUCCCCGCGCGCCAUGGGUCCCGCGCGGCGGAGCGUCCUCGCAGCGCUGCGUUUCCUUGGCGGGCUGAGCGUGCCGCUGCUGCUGCUGUGUCCACCCGCCGCGCAGGGUGACUGCAGCUUGCCCCCAGAGGUACCUAAUGCCCACCCAACUCUGAGUGAUCGUGAUCUUAAGAGUUUUCCUGAAGGAACCACAGUAACAUACAAAUGUAAUGAAGGCUUUGUAAAAGUCCCUGGCAAGCCAGACUCCGUGAUCUGUCUCAGUAACAAUCAAUGGUCGGAGGUGGCAGCAUUUUGUAACCGUAGCUGCGAUGUUCCACCCAGGCUACGUUUUGCAUCGCUCAAGAGGUCUUUUAGCAAACAGAAUUAUUUCCCCGAGGGUUUCGUCGUGGAAUACGAUUGCCGUCCGGGCUACAGAAGGAACCAAACUCUCUCAGACAAACUAACUUGCCUUCAGAAUUUUACGUGGUCCAUACCAGAUGAAUUUUGUAAAAAAAAAUCCUGUCCUACUCCUGGAGAUAUAACACAUGGUCAUGUCAGUAUAACGACUGACAUAUCAUAUGGUGCAUCUAUUUCCUUCUCGUGUGACACAGGGUAUAGGCUAGUAGGUUCAGCUUCUAGUUACUGUUCCCUUGUAGACCAGGCUGUGGAGUGGAGUGACCCAUUGCCAAAAUGCGAAGAAAUUGUUUGUCCAGAACCACAAGAAAUUAGCAACGGAAUCAUUCAAAAUCCACGGAAAACCUAUGUGUAUCAACAGUCUGUAAAAUAUCAGUGUAAUCCAGGCUUUACCCUGAUCGGAGAGAACUCUAUUUAUUGUACUGUCAAAGAUGACCAAGGAGAAUGGAGUGGCCUGCCCCCUGAAUGCAAAGAAAAUUCCCAGAUUUCUAAGGGCAUGCCAACAGUUCAGAAGCCUUCAAUGGCAAGUGUUCCAAGUACGAAAGUCCCAUCAGCUCCUCAGAAAACCACCACAGUGAAUGUUCCAGGUACUAAAGCCCCAUCACCGCCUCAUAAAGCCACCACAGUGAAUGUUCCAGGUACUGAAGCCCCAUCAACUCCUCAUAAACCCACCACAGUGAAUGUUCCAGGUACUGGAGCCCCAUCAACUUCUCAGACACCCACCACCACAAAUGUUCCAGGUACCAGAGUCCCAUCAGCUCCUCAGAAACCCACCACCAUAAAUGCUUCAGCUGCAAAGGCCCCAUCAGUUCCUCAGAAAUUCAACACAGUAAAUGUUUCAGCUACAGAAGUCCUUUUACCUCCUCAGAAAUCCAACACAACAAAUGCCUCAGCUACAAAGUCCCCCUCAACUCCUCAGAAACCUGACACAAUAAAUUCUUCAGCUACAGAAGCCCUACCAACUCCUCAGAAACCCAGCAUAGUAAAUGUUUCAGCUACAAAGGCCCCAUCAACUUCUCAGAAACCCAACACACUAAGUUCUUCAGCUAUGGAAGCCCUACCAACUCCUCAGAAACCCAACAAAAUAAAUUCUUCAACUACAAAGUCCCAACCAACUCCUCAGAAACCUACCACAGCAAAUGAUUCAGCCACAGCCAAAAAAUUCCCUGUAUCAAAUGCUGUAUCUACAGAGACCCCACCGGCAGCCCAGAAGCCCAUCGUGGCAAAUGCGUCUGCUACACAGGCCAUACCAGCAACCCGUAGAUCCACCACAGCAAAAAUUUCAUUUACACAGAGUGUUCCAGCAACACAAAAGUCCACCGCUGUCCAUGCCCCAGUGACUAAGGGUUUCCAUACAACAAAAAGAUUGACCUCUGCUCAUAUUACAGCAAAACAGACUUCAGCUGUUGUUCCCAGGGCAACCACGCACUUUCGUUCAACAAGCUCGCAUAAAGGAAGAGGAACUCCUUCUUCAGAUGCUAACAUCGCUGCAAUUGGUAAGUUUGGUUCUUCGGCAGUUAAAAGAAAUUGUCGUCACUGUGGGAUGUACAAUCCAUAUUCCUGGAAGAGAAUCUUGUCUUUUAAGUGUCUUAGGAAUACUAUUAAAAUGCAGUGUUUAAGGGUAUCGAAGAGAAAACAGGUAAAUGCAUUUUAUCGACGUAUUUGGUGGACACCAUUAGGUACUCGGUAUGUUCCUAAGUAUUCCCAACCGUGUUCUUGUUCCAAGGUAGUUUUAGGGCAACUUCAAAUCAUGUGGCCAGUCAAUCAGGUAUUAUUGAAUGCUUAUUGUCUCAAUGCAUCGUCAAGCUAGGGGCCAAAGAACAACAAAGAAGAGGCAGGUACCAAUACAGUUUUUAAGGCUCUAGUAUUCUACAAGUAAUCAUAAACUACUCCUUGACUGUUUCUAGACUUCUGUCCCAUUCCAGAGACAGCAGAGUACCUUUGGUUAUAUCCUCUUCCAUUUCCCUGCCCUGUCAGUGAUGUAAAGCAAAGUUAGCUUUAAAAAAUAUCCCGUUGGUGUAGACCUAAGGACCUACUGUGUCGCCAUUUAUUCUAGUUUUUGUCCCAGUUCUUUUAUGUUGUUCUUAAAUGUAUUAUCUGAUGUUAUACCUUUUAACAAGAAGAUUAAUAACUCCUAACGAAGAUGGUAAAAGAAAUGUUUGUUCAAAAGCAAUACAGCUAAGUUGGCAUAUUAAUCAUACCCACUAGAAGAUACACUCUUACAAAGAAAGUAUUUCAAAAUUAUGUCCUUAUAAGCCAAAGUCUCCUAUCUAUAUAUGCAUUAGUGAGACAAGGGGCUAAAGCUGAAUGCAGGUAUUUAUUAUUAUUAUUUAUAGUUCUUUUAUAUUUUGAAUGAACCUCUCCUUAGCUAAAGUAUUUAUCUUGAGAGAUUUGAACAGUUGGAAUUCACUUUGUCUGUUUGAUAUUUCAAAUAGAAAUAAAUGUAUUCUAAAUGAAAAUCUCACGAUUUCAUGAUUUAAUGUUAAGAACGGUGAGUCUAACGGGUGGGCUUUUUCUCAGCUGCCCAGUAGCAUCGGAUGUAGGUCUGAAGUGCUUAUUUUCUCUGACAUUCUUGAACUGUGGACUGUGCGAUCUUCCAGAGACUUUCUCUCGGGGGUAGUUGUAAUCCCAACUUGUGCUCAAAAAUAAAGAGGAGCUCUUCCCUUCUUAAAGAAGAUCUGCAGCGCUCGUUCUCUUAGGGAUCCUAGCUUUGUAAAAUAUAAACCUAAUCGUUAUCCUUAUUUCUUCAAAG